AUGGCUUCAUCUUCGAGUCGCGGUCCAUCGCAUAAUGGCGUGCUUCAUGAAUAUGCUCCAAGGCUAGUAGCCUUCGAGUUCACCCCACCAGUAGAAGGCGUCAAUAAGACAAACAGCCUCCUGUUCGUGGGUGGACUGACAGAUGGAUUCUGCACUGUUCCAUAUGUGUCCAAGCUAGCUAAAACUUUGGAAAACACUGAUUGGUCAGUCUUCUCCGUUCUACUCUCAUCUUCAUAUGGCGGAUGGGGGGUCGGAAGCCUCGAUCGUGAUGUGGAGGAACUCGGGCAAUGUGUGCGCUUUAUUCGCGAUCUCAAGGCAUCCCGCCAGCCCGGUGCACCUUCAUCAGCUGGGAAGAUCGCGAUAAUGGGUCACUCGACCGGAAGCCAGGAUGUGCUCCACUACCUUUACUCUCCCAACCCCGUGCCGCACAAGGAGUUCGAUUUCGGCCUGCAGCACAUGGUCCGCCCGGAGCUUGAUGGUGCCAUUCUACAAGCGCCUGCCUCGGACAGACAGGGCCUACAGGCAAUCAUCGAGUCCUCUCUGCAACCCGACGAGCUCAAAAAGGUUUACGAUGACCUUGUGACCUUUGCUAAGGAGCAGCCUUAUACAGAACCGAACAGCGAUGCAAUUCUUCCGAUGAACUUGACUGCACGACUCUCUUAUCCAGCUGACACGCCUCUCAGUGCCCGGAGAUUUCUGAGUCUGGUCAGCCCUGAGAGCCCUGGAAAUCCAUCUGAUGAUGAUCUCUUCAGCUCUGACUUGAGCGAUAAGCGCUUGGAGGAGACCUUUGGGGCGGUGGGAGCGCAGGGCCUUCUCAAGUCAAAGAUACUAUUCUUGUAUUCAGGCGAAGACGAGUAUUGCCCCGACUGGGUGGACAAAGUGGAGCUGUUGCAGAGAUGGAAGCGAGCUACUGAAGCUGGUGGCGCCAAGUGGGAUUAUGAAAACAGCGGAGUCAUCGCUGGAGCCAGCCACAAUGUUCAUGGGGACGGUCAGCAGGACCUCAUUGAUCGAGUUUUACGUUAUCUCCAGUCCAUUUGA